UAGAACGUGACCUCUAAUUCUCCGCGAUUCCUUGAUCCCUGCAUGCAACUCGGCCACACUAUGUGCCUACAGUCACAUGCAAACCUCACUCCCUCACCUCCGAUUCACCCUAGAUAGCAGCUAUCACUCCCCCGCACAGCGCACGCAGCGCACCGCACCAAGCCCCGCGCCGCACUGCGUCGCUCACAUCUCAAGAUGCACAUCUCCGCGCUCUACAUCCACCCGAUCAAGUCCCUUCUGCCCAUCCGCGUCACGUCCAGCGUGCUCACACCGCUCGGCCUCGCGCACGACCGAACCUUCGUCCUGAUCCGCGCACCCGACCACACACCGCUACACAUCGGCGAGGUCCCGCAGCUAUGCCUCUUCUCCGUCUCGAUGCCCCCCUCCUCCCUCUCCGACGCCGGCGACGGCACGGCAGUGCUGGAGGUCACGCACACGCUCACCCAAGACUCCUUGCGCCUCCCGCUCGUCCCGCCGCUCGGCGAGCAGACGGAGGUGCGCAUGCAUAACUCGGCGUGCGCAGGGUUCGCGGUGAGUAGUAAUGCGGACGCGUUUUUCUCGAGGCAUCUGGGCUUCGAGGCACGACUGCUGUUCCUCGGUGGCUCGAGCAGGAGGGUGCUCGGGAAUGUUGCCCCGACGACAACACCACCGCCCACGCAGUCGUCGGGUUUUUUGGCAGGCUGGUUUGGAACGCCCGCGGAGAAGGAGGAGAAGGAGAAGGAGAAUGACCCGGCGAUCACGUUCGCGGACUGCGCGCCGCUCCUGGUCGUUACCGAAGCCUCACUCGCCGCCGUCUCCGAGCGCACCGGUGAUAAGGUGGAUAUGCGGAAGUUCCGGCCGAACAUUGUGCUCUCUGCCAACGACGAUGUCGGCGAGAGGGAGGAUGGCGGCGAGGAGGUGGUGCACGCGUGGGAGGAGGAUUACUGGGCCGAACUCGAGAUCGGCGAGAAGCCGGCGGCGCCGGUGACGCUGGUGUGCACCGCGAACUGUGCGCGGUGCACGAGUCUCAAUGUUGAUUUUGCCACCGGGGGGUAUGUGGAGAACGACAGGCAGCCGCUGAAGAAGUUGAUGAAAGAUCGGAGGGUCGAUGAGGGGAUGAAGUACUCGCCGGUGUUUGGGAGGUAUGCGUUUUUACGUAGCGGUGAUGCGGAUGCGGGUGCGGAGGUAGUCGUGAGAGUAGGUGAUCGAGUCACGGUGGUCAGGAGGAAUGAGGACAGGACUGUUUUUUAUUGGCCGGGACUUUCGACGGGAAGCAGAGCCGUGGUGGAGUAGAAGAACACUGGGAAUUGCUACAUACAUAAGUCUUUCCUGGUGUUUGAGAUUCCAGCCUCCGCUGGGACAUAGGCACAUUCCUUAGGUUUUUACAUGGCUAGCUGGGCUGGGGAUUCGGGAAGUCGUAUAGGUAGAUGCACAGGCGUGGUAUGGCUGUGGAAGUUUUGAUACCCGGGUACUAGUAGUCUCUACGUGGGACAUAAGCAGAUGCUUCCAUCGAUUCCCCCAGUCCAGUCCAGCAUGUAUGAUGUGCCCAAGCCCAAGUCUAAACUUCCUACUACCGUUGCAGCGACGGUAAAUUCCAGUACACUCUUGUAUGGUCACAAGAGUGCUACAGCCAAGCCACACCAUCAACAGGCAAGAUGGCCGAGCGGUCUAAGGCGCCAGACUCAAGUUAAGUCUUCUAUCAGCAAACUGGUAGAGUAUUCUGGUCUCGAAAGAGGCGGGGGUUCGAAUCCCCCUCUUGUCAUCAU